CCAUAACUUAGCAGCAAUAAUUAGCGAUGCGAAUAAUUCAGUUCUUCUAAUACCAGUCAAUCUGCCAAUACUUACUGCCCAGCCAAAAUCAGGAGAAGAAGAAAGGCCCUCAGAAAUCUAGCGGGGAUGCUCACAAUAGUUACCUGAUAUCGAAGGCCCUUUUCCUUCUUAUUUUUUUUUUAUACACACAUACACUGGAGCCAGUCCUCUUUGACCAAUGCCUUCCUUGGUCUCAGCCACGCAGCUUCGUCUGCGCUUCGCUAGGGCUCUAUCGCGGAUGUACCAGCAAGAGGUGCCACAGUAUGCGGUCCUGCAGAGAUUAGUCGACCAGGUCAAUACGCAGAACCGUGCGACACUACCCUUGACAGACAUUCCACGCCAUGGCGCCGUCCGGCUGGCUUCUACCGCCGAGUUGCACAUGGCUGCUAGGUUCUUCAACAUAUUGGGCAUGAAGGCAGUCGGGCAUUACAAUCUCUCUGCCACACACCUACCAAUACACGCGACCGCCUUCCGACCAGUAACGCAGGCAGGACUCUCUGCAGCACCGUUCAGAUUAUUCACAUCCGUGCUAAGGACAGAACUGCUCUCCCCGGCCCUGCAGCCACUCGCAGAGAGCCUUCUCGCCCAGAGGUCCCCCGUCUUCAGCCAGAGGACGGUCGAGCUGGUCGAGGCAGCCGAGUCCCAGGGCGGUCUCACCGCUUCCGAAUCCGAAGAGUUUAUCCAGGGUGGGUGCGAGACGCUCGCCUGGCGCAACCAGGUGUCCAUCACGAGGCACGAGUAUGAUACCCUGAAAGCAGACAGCAACGGGGAUUUGCUGGUCGACAUCAUGGCAUUCCGCAACCCUCAUCUCAACCAUCUGACGCCUGCCACAGUGGCGAUCGAUGAUGUGCAGCAGAGGAUGCCGGGUGUGGGACUUGUUCCCAAGGACCGCAUCGAAGGCCCGCCGGAGAGGAAGUGCAACAUCCUGCUCAGGCAAACAAGCUUUUUGGCUGUCGACGAGGGUAUCCUCUUCAGCGAGAUUGAUGGUAAUGAGUUGAAGGGUAGCCAUUGCGCCCGUUUUGGUGAGGUUGAACAGAGAGGCGCUGCACUGACCCUCAAAGGCCGAAAGAUAUACGACGAGAUGAUCACCAAAGUCAAUCGGUUGGGUCUGCUUCAAGCGGGCAAAGAGUCAGAGUACAAGACAGUAUUCGACAAUGCUUUCCCAGAUGACUGGGAGGCUCUCAGGGCCGAGGGGCUCAUCUGGGCAGAGUACAGCCUCACAGAAAAGGGGCAGACUUUGGCAACAUCCGGGAAGCCCAGGGAAGCAGUAGCAGCACCAAGGACGCUUCAGCAAGCCAUUUCACACGGACUUGUCUCAUGGGCACCUAUUCAGUACGAAGACUUUCUGCCCCUCUCGGCGGCUGGGAUCUUCCAGAGCAAUCUGCAUCAAGACCCAAGCAGCAUCAAAGAGGUGACCGACACGGAGAACGCCACAGCGGAGUCGAAACGCCAACUGCAGCAGGUCCUCGGCGGAGAAGGAAUGUUAGAUGAGAUGGAGCUCUACCGGGCGCAGGAGAUGAGAAGCAUAGAGGAGGUCUGCGCCGCUCUCGAUCUGACUGAAUAG